GCUGGCGGGCGGGUGGGCGUGGGGGAAGAGGAUAGGGGGCGAGAGAGAAGAAUCUGGACGGGAUAUACCGUUCGACUGGUAGAGCGGUCCUCGAUGCGGUCGGGGGGCUGACGACGGCCUACGAAUCGGGGUCGGGGGGCGCCGGAGGAGUGAUGGUGGCGGCGAGCGAGGAUGCUGUGGUCAUCCAGGCGGCAAAGCGGGCCGGGGAACCCACCAUCAUCACCGUCAACUGCCCUGACCAGACCGGCCUUGGAUGCGACCUCUGCCGCGCCAUCCUCGACUUCGGCCUCUGCAUCACCCGAGGAGACAUAUCGACUGAUGGGCAGUGGUGCUACUUAGUGUUCUGGGUCGUACCACGUCCCACCUCCAGUAAUAUCCAAUGGCCAAGCUUGAAGAACAGGCUAUUGUCUCUCUGUCCAUCUUGUUCCAUUCCGUUCUACUUUGACAUGGUGAAUAGGCCUACGAGCUCGCAAAUUUACCUUCUGAAGCUGUUCUCCGUCGACCGCAAGGGAUUGUUGCAUGAUGUCACGAAGGUACUAUGUGAGCUUGAGCUUACGAUUCAUCGAGUGAAAGUCUCGACAACUCCAAACGGUAGAGUUGUGGACUUUUUCUUUAUUACAGAUGCCAUGGAGUUAUUGCACACAAAAAUGAGACAGGACGAUCUGUGUGAAAGGUUAAAUGCAGUUCUAGGCGAGUCUGUAAAUAGCUGUGAGAUUGAGCUUGCUGAAGGUUUUCAGCAGGGAUUUUCUUCUCUUCCACCAGUAGUUGCAGAAGAGUUAUUUAAGCUGGAGCUGUCAGGCAAUGAAGUAUGUUCAGCGAUACUUAGCCCAGAGAUGAAAAGGCUGAAGAAGGCGGAUGUAAACAUUGACAAUUCAUUGAGCCCUUCCCACACAUUACUUCAAAUCCAUUGUGUUGAUCAGAAGGGCCUACUCUAUGACAUUAUGAGGACCUUAAAGGACUGCAGUAUUCAGGUGGCGUAUGGGCGAUUUCUGUCAGACAUGAAAGGCUCACGAGAGGUAGACCUUUUCAUCCUGCAAAGUGACGGGAAGAAAAUCGUGGAUCCUGACAAGCAGGGUGUGCUGUGUUCCCGUUUGAAACUGGAAAUGCUUCAUCCUUUAAGAGUGAUAAUUGUAAAUCGUGGACCAGACAUGGAACUAUUUGUUGCUAAUCCGGUUGAGCUGUGCGGAAAGGGGAGGCCUCGGGUCUUCUAUGAUGUGACACUGGCUCUGAAAGUGCUUGGAAUCUGCAUUUUCUCUGCUGAAAUCGGCAGGCACACGGCUUUUGAAAGACAGUGGGAGGUUUACAGAUUUCUGUUGGAUGACAGCAGGGAGCUGCCACUGGGAGGCAGCCAGGCUAGAGGUGAGAUUGUGGAUGGAGUGAGGCGAACGCUGAUGGGUUGGUGACGACGGCAAAAGGUGGUGGGCCACCUCUCUGAAACUUUGAUUUCCUUCCACCAGGUUGUGUGUGGCUAACGCUGUGUGAUGCUGUACAGUGCAAUCGACGUCUAAUUGUCAUCCCUGUUUCUGAUUUCGUGUUCAUCCCUACUAGAGGCGGUAUUCAUUUAAAAAGCGCGUUUGAUUUUC